CCCGGGAAUAAUCGCCUCCUCCUUGGCUUUGUUGCAGGGCUCUGCUGGUCCUGCUGCAGGGCUUUUCCCCCACGGAGGUCUCUGGUUAUGUGGUGAAGACCCUCAGCCCAGAGGCACCUUUUUUUUUCCUGGCUGGGAAAGGUUAUAACUGAGUAGCCCUUAUGACCAACAUGAGCUGGAGCUUCCUCACCCGCCUGCUAGAAGAGAUUCACAAUCACUCCACCUUCGUGGGGAAGGUCUGGCUCACCGUGCUCAUCGUGUUCCGCAUCGUCCUGACCGCCGUGGGGGGCGAGUCCAUCUACUCCGAUGAGCAGAGCAAGUUCACCUGCAACACGAAGCAGCCGGGCUGCGACAACGUCUGCUACGACGCCUUCGCGCCGCUGUCGCACGUCAGGUUCUGGGUCUUCCAGAUCAUCGUGAUCUCCACCCCUUCCGUCAUGUACCUGGGCUACGCCAUCCACAGGAUCGCCCGCUCGGCCGAGGAGGAGAAGAAGUUCAAGGGGUUCAAGAAGAAGAAGCAGUUUGCCCUCAACUGGCAGGCCGUGCGCAACAUGGAGGACGCGAUGGAGGCCGACGAGGAGGAGCCCAUGAUCUCCGACGACGCGGCGGAGCACGAGAAGGCCAAGGCCAAGCCCAAGAGCAAGGAGCCCCAGAAGCACGACGGGAGGAGGCGCAUCCAGGAGGAGGGGCUGAUGAAGAUCUACGUCUUCCAGCUGCUCACCAGGGCCUCCUUCGAGGUCUGCUUCCUGAUAGGACAGUACCUGCUCUACGGCUUCGAGGUGGAGGCGUUCUACGUCUGCAACAGGGUGCCCUGCCCUCACACCGUGGACUGCUUCGUGUCCCGGCCGACGGAGAAGACCAUCUUCCUGCUGGUGAUGUACGUGGUGAGCUGCCUGUGCCUGCUGCUGAACAUGUGCGAGAUGUUCCACCUGGGCUUCGGCACCAUCCGCGACGCCAUCCGCAACCGGAAGAUCAACAGCUUCAGGCAGCCGCCCUACAACUACGCCUACCCCAAGAACAUCUCCUGCCCCCCCGAGUACAACCUGGUGGUGAAGUCGGAGAAGUCCACCAAGAUCCCCAACAGCCUGAUGGCCCACGAGCAGAACUUGGCCAACGUGGCCCAGGAGCAGCAGUGCACCAGCCCCGACGAGAACCUGCCAGCGGACCUGUCCACCCUGCACAAGCACCUGAGGGUGGCCCAGGAGCAGCUGGACAUCGCGUUCCAGAGCUACAGCAGCACCCAGGCCAACACCCAGCCCUCCAGGACCAGCAGUCCCGCCUCGGGGGGCACGGUGGUGGAGCAGAACAGGGCCAACACCGCCCAGGAGAAGCAAGGUGCUAAGCCCAAGGCCUCCCUGGAGAAGGGGAGCUCCAGCAGUAAGGACGGAAAGACGUCAGUAUGGAUAUAACUUUGUGGAAAAGGUGAGGGGGCAGCAUAGGUGGGGGGUUAUUUUGGUUUGUCUCUGGUUUUUGGCAUUCGUUUCGCUGGGCACAGGCACAGUUUUUGUGUGGAAGUCGAGAGAGAGAAGGAGUUUCAGACCAGUUUAGUGCUGUCUUCCAGGACGUUAACAAAAGACAUUUCUUCCCUUUUUCCGACGUGUUCUCCAGCUGGGAACCUCCAGUGAGUAACAGGAACCUCCAGUGAGUAACAGCAACCCCCCUGCACCUCCCACCCCUCCAGUCCCCACCAGAACCCCCCAGCAGAGAUGGACAAUGCGCUGUGGGGGGAGGUGGAGCUGCUGGGGGCUCAGGAGGGAGGUCAGGCUGGCACGAGCAGCCGCCCUCCUGCACGGGCAAGGCUCGAGGGCUGCAGGUUCAGGCGGCGUUUAAUUACUAAACACCCUUAAUCAAAUUAAUUUCUGAUCCCCCUGAUAUGAGAACAACUGACAACGUUGCACGGACCUUCACGACACAGCGUCCUGCCUGGACUGGCAGGGGUCUUGCAGGGCAUCAUGAAGACGUUGCUGGAUGCUGCAAGCCAGGAGUGGGGCAGGAACACAGGGACUGUCUCACACACAGAGCCCAAAGAACAGCCCAGCACUGAAGGUUUCAUCUUUUAUUCCUCUGCAUCGAAGCAAAAAGCGGAACUGCUCCAACCCCUCCGGAGCAGGAGCGAGCAGUGACGCCGCAUCCUCCCGGUGCCUGUGUAGCACUUGCUACAGAUGUGAUGGGACUCCUCGCAGUCACAGAGUUUUUAACGAACUGCUGCUUCACAUCAUCAGAAAGUGCCUUUAAUGCAACAAAAGGAAAACAAAAGCGUGGAGGGUUUAGGCUUCUUUAUUUGCUGAGUUUUAGUAGAGGUCGGAAGGACGGCGUUGGCAAAUUUGGGUUUUCUGAUUAAUCAAGGAAGAUCUCUGUUGGCAAAUUUGGGUGGUUUUUUUUAUUUUUGAUGAAUGAAGGAAGAUCUCUGUUGGUAAUUUUGUUUUCCUGAUGAAUCAAACCCUUAUAAAUAGUGGCAGGAGGCAGAUCUAUGCAUAGUGUGUCUCUGGUGUGUGUGUACAUGUACGUAUAUAUACAGACACAUAUGAACAUGUGUGUGUGUGAGUAUAGACAUAGAGAGAUAUAUGUAAAUGUAAUAUCAACCCUCUGGUCAUUUUGCAGCCUUCCACCUCCCCUGGGAAAACCCAGCUGCUCCAGGACUGGGGCUGAGCUCAGCCUGGAGCAGCUGUUGGACUUUCAGCCUCCAGCCUCACCUGGGCAAUGGGGAGGUUUCCAACAUUUUCCUGAGGGGCUUUGCAGGAGAUCUGGCUUCAGUGGGGACAGGACCAGGAUGGCAGCAGGAAGUUUUUCCUUAGUUUACAGGGAGUUUUUUUCAGCUUGGCUGGGGUUUAGGGUGGUUUUCCUGCACUUACAGUAGUCUGGGGGAGUGUUGAAAGCUGCUGAGCUCCAAGGCUCCUGCUGGUGCUGAGAUGUGCUUUGUCAGGGUGGUUUCAUCCCACAUCUCCUGCACAGCUCUGGGUCUGUGGCUUUGUUGCCCUUACAGAAGGAAAACCUCAUCACUGGGAGCACAGGGAGCAUCUCCUGCCAAGUGGCAGAGGCUGAAAGCAGGAGCUGCCCAACCCUACCAGAGAGGGUCUGAUCCCUGAGAUGUUCCCAGCUUACCUGUGGCUUGGCAGAUGCUCUCACAGCCUCCCAAUGAUCCCGUGGCUGAUUCCUCACCAUGGAGAACCCACGCAGGCAGAGCCUUCAAGAUCAAACCUAACACAAAAGAAGUCAAUCCUCCCUAACACAGCCUCUGUGCUGAGCUGUUCCCUCGGGGCUGUGCCAGCCACCCAAAGUCACAUCCAGGUCCCUGGGCCAGUUUUUCCUAUCCAUUGGAUUUACAGGGUUUCUUGCUGGGCAUCACUGUCAUGUCCUUGAGAUCAGCCCCCAAAAGCCCUGAGGAUGCCCUGUUGUGUCCAGGCCCUUUGGCUGUUGUGGGGAAGGGGCAGAGGAUUUGGAUAUGCCCUUCAGCUCCUGGGAACCUCGGCUGAACUGCUCCAUGCCUUUAGAGAACAGUCCUGCAAGCCAAAAAGUGGAAUUAAAAAGGAAGCAAAGGAACACCCUACAAGGUAUCCAGCUGCAAACAGUCAGUGUGGUUUUGUGUAACAGCCUGGGGAACACUUCCAGGCUUGUUCCUGGUCCUGCUGAAGGCAUUGGUAAAAUGCUUGGAAUGCUGUUUGCUCUCACUGCUAGAGAUCUUCCCCUCCAAAAAAGCGUCCAGGAGGAGGGUCAGCACAUCCUCCCCCAGCAGCAGUAGUAGCACACAUCCAUCCCAAAUUUCUGCUGGGAAUUUUGCAGGAAAGGCUCGGGAAGUUCACACCACGGUGGUGGGGAGACAAACAUAUCCAACUGUGCUGUUUGUCCCUUGUGUUCUCUCCUGGCUGGGGGUGUGCUGGGCAGAGCAGGAGAGGCUGGAUGCUGACAGGGCUACUGUCCCCUUGUCCUAAAUGCCUGCACAUCCACAGCCCAGGCUUCUGGGAAGGACAGAGAGGAGCUCCUGGGUGGAAAUUUGCUCCCUAGUCAUUACAGGGCACAAAGCUCGUCCUCCACAUCAGUGUGACUCCUCUUUUAUUCCCAGCCCUGUGUCCCAUGGGAAACAGGGUGUAUUUAAAGCCAUGAUCCCGAGGGAAUGGUGGAAGCUCUGAGGAGAUCCAUGGUUGGAUGCUGCCUGGGUUCUUCUGAUUCCUUUUGGAUGAGCAGCAAUCUCAAGGCCCUGGAUAAAUUCGUCCUUCCCACACAACGCUGGGAAGUGCUGCCCCUGUGCAGGAGUCUGGAUUUUGGAUUUGUCCUGCCCAUAGCAGCCCCAGCCGUGACCUGAGCAUUUCCCAGUGACUCAGAUCUGCCCCUCAGCUCCUGCUGACCUGCAGGUUCACCGCUGAGUCACCCAGGGAUGGGAAUGUGCCCCCCCUGCUCUUCCUUCAGGAAACAAUCCUGGCAAUAUCUCCCUGUGGGGAAAGCAGGGCGCAGAUUUUAAACCAAAAUAAACCCCAAACCUGGUCACAGUGACCUGAACAACUCAUUAAACCCACUCUAGAGGGCAGGUUGACCUGCCUCAGUGGUACAGGGGGUCAGUGCCUGAUGGGAGGAGAUUCCAGGGCUUUGUGGCUGUAGGUUCAGAGGCACCUGGAGCAGCAGGGUUGGGAAAAGACCAUGGAUCUUCUUGCCAACUUGCCACCAUCAAAUGACUCCUUAAUGGGUAACAUGAACCCUCCUCUCUUCAACCCCUGGUGUGUCCUCCCCUCAGCAAUGCAGAAUGUCUCAUGCUUUUAACAUCUGCAUAUUUUGGGUGUUUGAAGACUUGUUUCCAUCCUCAAAUUUGCUUUUAAGCCGAACAACUCCAGCCUCAUCAACCUUUCUCCAAGGGCUGCUUUGCUAGCAAAGUUUUCCCUGGCGUCCUUGAACCAACACCAGCCACUCCACAUCUUCCCAGUGGUGUGGCUGUGCUGGUCCUGGAGCCACCUUCCCUCUCUGCUCCUCUCCACCCACCCAUCUGCCACCCUGGCCCUCCCCAAAACCCCAUCCUCUGCAGGCAUGGGGAUUGCUCCCCUCUCCACGUGUGUGCUUGUACAUUUGGGACCCUCCUGCCCUCCCUCAAACCCCUUUUUUUUUGUCCCACCCCAGUCCUGGGGUUCUGGGUGACCUGUGGGUCCUGCAGCGGGUUCACAGCCCCCUCCCCUGCUGGUGUCACCAGCACAUUGGACACUCCCACGCUGUUUUCCACGAGGAGAGUCAAUAAUUGCAGUAUUGACGAGUGCCAGAGCCAGGGCAGACUGUUGGGUGAUCAAUACACCCCCCUUGCUUAGGGACACGGGGUAACAGCUCCCUCCACCCUCCCUCCAGCUCAUCCACCAGCACCAUCCUUUCCAGCCCUGCUUUCCCGUGGUUUCCAGGUGUUUUGGCCGGGGUUGAAGCACAAGGGCACGUUCCCAGCAGGAGUGCUGGGGUGCCAUGAGCUGUCUGGGAGAGAUGCAAAGUUUCCUGCCAGGUCCCAGCCAGCCUGGAGGGCACUGCUGGCUCCUCUGAGCCUGGGGAGGAGGGAUCCUGGCUCUCCCAGCUGAGCCAGCACGAGUCCCUAGCAACAGAAAAGAUUAUUAUUACUGAUAUUAUUAUUAUUACUCUGUAUACUGAGUUGCUCACUUCCCCCCUUCCUCCUCCACUCUGUGACCUCGAAAUCCUUUAGGAUGUUGCCUCUUCCCACUGAGUCACUGCCACGAAGGCAUUAAUGACUCUGCAGGAAUGACUCCUCUCGGGGGCAGGAGCAACAAUCCCUUCUCUUUAUCCUGUCAGUUGGGCAAGGAAAAGGACAGACAGGCAAAAUAUGCAUAACCACGAGCAGAAUCCCCAUCAGAAUCAUUCCAGACUCCACCAGCAGCUCAAGGAAUUUCAGUUAAACCACGGAGCAUCAGCCAUGGAAGAAAUGCCAACAGUACAAUUAAUGCUUUGCUUUCCUUUUUUUACAGUUUGCAGUGUUGUUCACACACAGGACGGGUUUGGCUCUGCAGCUGAACUAAUUGUAAAUGUUGACUCUCUUGCUAAACUUGGUCAGAUGAAGUGCCCACACUUAGAUUUCUCUUCUUACCAUUCAGGGCCAGGAAUGUCCCAAGUAAAAGCCAGAUUACCUUCUUGCUUGCAUUGCAUUCCACUGGGAAAUACUUGAACUUAACUCAAGGCCAUAACCAGUCUGUGCUGUUACAAAGCGUCUGGGAUUGUUAUUUUUAUUGAUGUUGUUGUUAAUUUUUUUUUAUUAUUAUUAUUAUUAUGUACUAACUGUAUUUGUACUAGGAAUUUUUGGAGUAUGAGGUUGAAUCUGUGCGUAUUUUUCAGUGUCAGUGUUACAUCUUGGACUGUAGUUAGAAUAUUAAACACUGGUCAAAGGAGAAGGAGACAUCAGUCCAGCUCUUCAACUGGUUAUUCCACAUCCACUACUAAUAAUAUGGAAUAAAACUUACAUUUUGUUACAUGACGUAAA